CUGGAAAAUGGAAAAGACUUUGAACAGAAUUCAUCCAGUUUCUGAUCCAGAAGCAACGUAUUUUCUACAAGUAUCAUGGAAAAAAGAUUUGGGCACUGGCUUUGGAAUACUACUUACCGAUGGUCAAUGUGCAUGGACUGGGACAGUGUCUGAAGCUGAAAUUUCUAGGGAGGCUGCUGACAUGGAAAUGAAUAGAGAAAAGUAUGUCGAAGAACUGAAGAAAGCAUUGAUAGCUGGAGAAGAAUCAGCUGGCAAAUAUAACUUUGCUAUUUCAAGAGAUGAAGAAAAUAUGGACUGUCACUUCUCCUAUGAAAGAAAUCUGAAAGAUGGCUCUUUUAGACUCGGAUCUCUGAAGCUGCAGAAAGUUUCAAGUCCGGCGGAGGUGGUGAAGGAGCUGAUUGGUUACUGCCUAGACUGUCUGGGAAGACUGCAGGCGAAAAACGAGCACCUGCAAAAAGAAAAUGAAAGGCUUUUCAGUGACUGGAGUGAUGUGGAGAAGCGGCUGGAAAAAUGUGUGGAAGCUAAAGAAGAACUAGAGGCAGAUCUUUAUAACCGGUUUAUUGUGGUGCUGAAUGAAAAGAAGGCAAAAAUAAGAAACUUACAGAAGUUGUUGAACGAAGCUAAAGAAUCUGCAGCAGAUGCCAAAUGUACAAGGGAUAGUAUAGCUACCACUCAGAUGGCUACAGGGAGAGAAAAUGACUAUGAUGGCAGCACUGAUGAGGAAAGUGAAAAUUUAAGACAGGCCUCAUUACCAUCAGGACCAGAACAAAGGGAUUCCCUUCUGGGUAGCCCAGAUGUCAUUGAUACCGCUCCAAGAAGAAAGCGAAGACAAAGGACAGCAAAGCCUGCUGGGACAGGAGCUAAGAUGGCUACUUAUGAGUCAGAACUGCCAGCCAAAGAAAAACCUGAUCUGGCCUCACAGAAGACAUCGGGCAAGCAUUCCCUGGAUGUGAUGUCUCUCGAAACACUGGAAAACACUUGUGAGCCGGAGGACCUCUUUGAUGACAUCUAGCUAUGUGUUGGCUGAGAAACUGGGCGACUGGCACUCCUAAUAGAGAUAAGCUAUAAAACUAGAAGGCUUGGUUAUAGACACUGAGCCGAAAUCUUUACUCUGAGGUGGUAUUUGCUGACAUAUUGCUCUGAUCCUCUUGCACUGCGCUUGUCCCCAUUCUUCACUAUGCAGUUGUAGACCCUUGGCCUGCUAGGCUUGAUUUGUGACGGCCUUGAAAUCGGUUUAGCCUCUCUGUAGAUCUUCUAUCAUAUGUACAUGGGGAAGGAGAGCACCAUCAUAGCCUUUUUACAUCCUAACAGCCUCUGGCUGCUGAUUGUAUCCAGGAUCAACUGGUUUCCAGAUGUCCCCAAAGAAUAAGUCAGAUGUGAAGAAGAUUAAGGCUACCACUGUAAGUACCUUAUAUACUGCCCCUUUCUUGAGAAGCUCAGCUUAGACUUGGUCUGGCUAAAUCAUCUUCAAGAUUGAUUGAGAUACAGCUUCCUAAACUGUGAGUUUAGGACAGUAUCUUCUGAUGCGAAGCAUCCAAAGAAAUGUCCUUUCACUUUUUACUUGAAGGUUCUCUGCAGCAUUAUGCGUUAUAAGGUAUUCUUGCUUUUGAGAGUGAAGUGCUUAUAAAGUCAAUACUGACUCUAUUUUAACCUUCUGCAGAAACCCAUAGCCUUUAAAAUUGUCAUUUUUGAUACUUCAUCAUUUUUCUUAAGGUGAUUUCUA